UGUGCCACUUGGUGGCACCAAAAAAUUGCACUGAAGAAACUCUGUGCGCUAUAAAUACAAACUGCCUCCCCUCCCUUGUUCUCUCUUCUCCCCUCCCCUCCCUUUCCCUGACUCUCUCUCUUUCCUCUCUCUCCCAGAGCUGGGGGAUAGAUGCACAAGCUGCUCUCUGCUGGCUCCGGCAUUUUCGCGCCUCUAUUGGAGUGGGAUUUAAACCUGCAGACAGAGCAUUAAAGGGUCAAGCAGGGCCCUGGGCGCCCAGCUCUGCGGCCGCUUGCUAGGGCAAUCUAAACUUUGGGAAGGAAUGUCAGACCUUCUCUCGCUGGCGAAGCAAUAGUGGGUUAUGAAGAUUAUGCUCCUCUAUCUGAUUCCAUGCAGUUGGUGCCCUGGGAAACUAUGGCGGUUCUUUAGAGAACAGAUGGAAAUGGAUGGUUAAGUCCCUGAUUUUCCACACAUUUCAUCCAGAACUUUGAUUGAGUUUAUCUUUAAAACAUUUUUAUUACAACAUGUCACCUCUAUUGGCUUGAAACUUAUUCUUAAAAUGGUCCUUUUGUUAUUCCUGGCAAUCCUGCUUUUGAAGGAAGAUGGUCAUAGGAAUUCUGACUUUCUGGUUUCUGCACAGUCCAAUGAAAGGAGAGUGGUUGCUCAUAUGCCUGGUGAUAUCAUCAUUGGGGCUUUAUUUUCAGUCCAUCACCAACCUACUGUGGACAAGGUCCAUGAAAGGAAAUGUGGAGAAGUCAGGGAACAAUAUGGCAUUCAGAGAGUGGAAGCCAUGCUCCACACUCUGGAGAGGAUUAACUCAGAUCCAACACUGUUGCCUAAUAUUACAUUAGGCUGUGAAAUAAGGGACUCUUGCUGGCAUUCUGCUGUGGCCCUGGAACAAAGCAUAGAGUUCAUAAGAGAUUCCCUCAUAUCUUCAGAAGAGGAAGAGGGCUUGGUGCGUUGUGUUGAUGGCUCCUCCACCCCAUUCCGCUCAAAAAAACCCAUAGUUGGGGUGAUUGGCCCUGGUUCCAGCUCUGUGGCAAUACAGGUCCAGAACUUGCUCCAGCUUUUCAAUAUACCUCAGAUAGCAUACUCAGCCACAAGCAUGGACUUAAGUGACAAAACAUUGUUCAAGUAUUUCAUGAGGGUAGUGCCAUCAGAUGCCCAACAGGCUCGGGCCAUGGUGGACAUCGUGAAAAGAUACAACUGGACCUAUGUUUCUGCUGUUCACACAGAAGGCAACUAUGGAGAAAGUGGAAUGGAAGCAUUUAAAGACAUGUCUGCCAAAGAAGGGAUCUGUAUUGCUCAUUCCUAUAAAAUCUAUAGUAAUGCUGGAGAACAGAGUUUUGACAAGCUCCUGAAGAAGCUUAUCAGUCACCUGCCCAAAGCAAGAGUAGUGGCAUGCUUUUGUGAGGGAAUGACAGUAAGAGGAUUGCUGAUGGCUAUGAGACGCCAAGGACUAGUUGGAGAAUUUUUACUUCUAGGAAGUGAUGGUUGGGCUGACAGAUAUGAUGUGACAGAGGGAUACCAACGUGAAGCUGUUGGUGGAAUCACUAUCAAGCUCCAAUCUCCUGAUGUAAAGUGGUUUGAUGAUUAUUAUCUGAAACUCCGACCAGAAACCAACCUGCGAAAUCCUUGGUUCCAAGAAUUUUGGCAACAUCGCUUCCAGUGCCGGCUGAAAGGGUUUUCACAGGAGAAUAGUAAAUACAAUACCACUUGCAACAGUUCCCUGACUCUGACUACACAAUAUGUCCAAGAUUCCAAAAUGGGGUUUGUAAUCAAUGCAAUAUAUUCCAUGGCAUAUGGUCUUCACAACAUGCAGACAGCACUCUGCCCAGGAUAUGCUGGGCUCUGUGAUGCUAUGAAACCAAUUGAUGGAAGAAAACUUCUCGAGUCUCUAAUGAAAACAAACUUCACUGGGGUUUCUGGAGAUACAAUCCUCUUCGAUGAGAAUGGAGACUCUCCAGGAAGGUAUGAAAUCAUGAAUUUCAAGGAAAUGGGAAACAACUAUUUUGACUACAUCAACGUGGGCAGCUGGGACAAUGGUGAACUGAAAAUGGAUGAUGAUGAAGUCUGGCCCAAGAAGAGUGCCAUUAUUAGGUCGGUGUGCAGUGACCCAUGCGAGAAAGGCCAGAUCAAGGUGAUCCGAAAGGGAGAAGUCAGCUGCUGUUGGACUUGUACUCCAUGCAAAGAGAAUGAGUUUGUUUUUGAUGAAUACACAUGCAAGGCAUGCCAGCUUGGCUCUUGGCCCACUGAAGAUCUUACAGGUUGCGAUCUGAUCCCGGUGCAGUAUCUGAGAUGGGGGGACCCGGAGCCAAUUGCGGCCGUGGUGUUUUCAUGUCUAGGGCUGCUGGCCACCCUGUUUGUCACGGCGAUCUUCAUCAUGUACCGCGACACUCCAGUUGUCAAAUCCUCCAGCCGGGAGCUCUGUUACAUCAUCCUGGCCGGCAUCUGCUUAGGAUACUUGUGUACUUUCUGCCUCAUUGCGAAGCCUAAGCAGAUUUACUGCUACCUGCAGAGAAUAGGCAUUGGUCUCUCUCCGGCCAUGAGCUACUCUGCGCUGGUCACCAAAACCAACCGCAUCGCCAGAAUUCUGGCCGGCAGCAAGAAGAAGAUCUGCACCAAGAAGCCUCGGUUCAUGAGUGCCUGUGCCCAGCUGGUCAUCGCAUUCAUUUUAAUCUGCAUCCAACUGGGCAUAAUUGUUGCCCUUUUCAUCAUGGAGCCUCCUGAUAUAAUGCAUGACUACCCAAGUAUUCGGGAAGUCUACCUGAUCUGCAACACCACCAACCUGGGCGUCGUCACUCCCCUUGGCUACAAUGGCUUGUUAAUUCUAAGCUGUACCUUUUACGCAUUCAAGACCAGAAAUGUUCCGGCUAAUUUCAAUGAGGCCAAGUACAUUGCUUUCACGAUGUACACCACUUGCAUCAUUUGGCUGGCCUUCGUGCCCAUCUAUUUUGGAAGCAACUACAAAAUCAUCACCAUGUGUUUCUCAGUCAGCCUCAGUGCCACUGUGGCCCUGGGCUGCAUGUUUGUGCCCAAAGUGUACAUCAUUCUGGCCAAGCCUGAGAGAAAUGUGAGAAGCGCCUUCACGACAUCUACAGUGGUGAGGAUGCAUGUGGGAGACGGGAAGUCAUCCUCAGCUGCCAGCCGCUCAAGCAGCCUGGUCAACCUGUGGAAAAGGAGGGGCUCAUCUGGAGAGACCCUAAGGUACAAAGGCAGGAGACUGGCCCAGAACAAGUCGGAAAUAGAGUGUUUCACCCCCAAAGAAAGUAUGGGGAAUGGUGGGCGAGCAACCAUGAGCAGCUCUAACGGUAAGUCGGUCACCUGGGCUCAGAAUGAGAAGAGCAGCCGUGGGCAGCACCUCUGGCAGAGAUUGUCCGUCCACAUCAACAAAAAAGAAAGCCCCAACCAGACAGCAGUGAUCAAGCCCUUCUCCAAAAGCACAGACAGCAGAUUUGGCGGCAGCGCCUUCCCGGAGUCCAGCACUAAGAUGCUGUACGAUGUUUCAGAAGUAGAAGAGCACUACCCCGCCCAGUACCGACCCCAGACUCCCUCUCCGGUCAGCACAGUGAGCCAGCCCGCAGGGUCCGCGAGCCGCACGGACGACGACAUCCCGUCCUUGCACUCGGAACACGCGCAGCGGAGCAGCUCCUCGCAGGGUUCCCUGAUGGAGCAGAUCAGCAGCGUGGUGACCCGCUUCACCGCCAACAUCAGCGAGCUGAACUCCAUGAUGUUGUCAACGACUUCCCCGGGCACUAUGGUGGCCGCACCUCUUUGCUCUUCCUACCUGAUCCCCAAAGAGAUGCAGCUUCCUACCACCAUGACCACUUUUGCCGAAAUACAGCCUCUCCCUUCCAUUGAGGUGAAUGGUGGGGCGUCCAGUAAAACCCCACCAGGAGGAAGUGCUGGAAAAGAGAAUGCACCUGAGACCUCAGCUGUAAUCAAGCAAGAUCUGGAGGAGUUGGUGGCUUUGACGCCCCCUUCCCCUUUCAGAGACUCAGUGGAUUCUGGCAGCACUUCUCCUAACUCCCCAGUGUCUGAAUCGGCCCUCUGUAUUCCAUCAUCUCCAAAAUAUGACACACUUAUCAUAAGAGAUUACACUCAGAGCUCUUCUUCUUUGUGA